GUCCCCUGCUGUGUGGUUCCGUCUUUUACCGGAAGAGUCCGUGUUUACAGCGCAGCUUUGCUCCACGUUAGCAUCGUUGGUUUGUUUAGAAGUGAAUAAGGAUUAAUCUCGCCAACUGUUUAAUAUUUUUUAAAACCACUUGAUUAAUCUUGCGCCACGCCGUGAUUAGUAUGGUUGUUUGGAGGCGGAAGGAAUACCGACAAGCAUAGCAAUGACAAGCUGGCUAACGUAGCUCCAAGGUUAGCCAGCUAGGCGACCAACAACACCAGCUCACUUCUGUCAGCAGCGGCGCAUCCACUACAGUCUAACAGGUCCAGGAACCAGCGCGGCCAUGGGUGCGGAGAGCAGCGCGGUGCGGGGCUGCACCCUGGAGGAGCCGCUCCUCACCCUUCCUUACGGACUCACCAUGUACUCAGCCAGGCUCCAGGAUGGAAAACCGGCUUCAGUGUUUGUUCAUAAGCGAGGGAAUGAGGACAAAGUCAACAAAGCCGCCAAGCACCUGAAGACCUUAAGGCACCCGUGUCUGCUGCGCUUCCUGUCCUGCUCAGUGCAGGACGGAGGGAUCCACCUUGUGACGGAGCGCGUUCAGCCUCUGGAACUGCUGCUGGACAGCCUCUCCCCAGAGGAAAUUUGCGCAGGAAUCUAUGACCUCCUGCAGGCACUUGUGUUUCUGCACGAGAGGGGCAAAUCAAGCCACAACAAUGUGUGCAUUUCAUCUGUGUUCGUCAGUGAAGAUGGUCAUUGGAAACUGGGAGGGAUGGAAACUGUCUGCAAGUUCUCUGAAGCAACACCUGAGUUUCUUGUAAGCAUUCAGAAUGUGAGAGAGGUCAGCUGCGUUCCUCCAGAGGAGCAGGUUGAGGGCUUUAAAACACUUCCGGAUACAAAUGCUCACUGUCGGGACUGUUACUCUUUUGGAAUUUUGGUGGAGACCCUCAUCUCUCUCCUGAAUGGCUCGGUGUCACAGGAGCUGUCUGACAGUCUGCAGAAGACCCUGCAGGCAGGCCUGCUGAACCCUGACCCCCUCUCUCGACCUCCACUCAGCUCCCUGCUGACUCAUGACUUUUUCAGGAACGACUUUCUGGAAGUGAGGACUUUUCUGAAGAGCCUGACCUUGAAGACAGAAGAAGAAAAGAAUGAAUUCUUCAAGUUUCUCCUGGACCGGGUCCAGAGUCUCCCCGAAGAGCUGAUAGCUUCACGCCUUGUCCCCAAACUCCUCAACUCUCUGGUUUUUGCAGAACCCAUGGCUGUCAAAAGCUUCCUGCCUCAUCUUCUAAGGCCAAAGGAUUCCAGUGGUGGCGGUAACGAUGAAGAAUGCCUGCUGUCUGUGUCCCUUUACCGCAAACACGUGAUUCCUCAGCUUCUCAAGCUCUUCAAAGUCAAUGAAGAACACAUCCGGACCGCCUUGCUGGCUCACAUCCACAUCUACGCUGAGUUCUUCUCCCACGAUGAACUCAAAAACCAGAUCCUACCUCAGGUUUUGUUAGGAAUGAGAGACACCAAUGAUUCCCUGGUUGCCAUGACGCUGCAGAGCCUGGCCGUGUUGGUGCCAUUGCUGGGGGCGCAGGUGGUGGUCGGUGGGGAGAGGACCAAGGUCUUUAAACGCACUACACCCAACUUCACCAAGUCUACAGAGGUCACCCCUGAAACUUCACCUGUCCACAUAGUUGGAGGCUCCCACCCUCAGAUGGCCCAGCCUUCAAAAGUCUUGAAUUUGUUCCCCAAACCAUCAGGAACAGAAGGCCUGGUCCUGGGCCACAUGGGGAGCUUAGCAGGUAGUAGGGACCCUCCAAGAAGUUACCCUCUGCCCCCGAAAUCAGAUGUCAGUAGACAGAUGUCUCUACCUUUGAACGGUUUUCGUCAGGACAGUAAGCUGGAGCCGCCGUCAUACAGCCCAGAGCGGCCUGACAGACUCGAAGGUCCAGUGGAAGACUGGCCUGACUGGAGCGACCCUGAGGAGAGCCAGAACAGAGACGGACAGUCGGUCCAGAUCCACAUUAAGGCCUCAGAGAGAGAAGCUCCAGUCGGCAGCAGACUGCCGCUCUUGCACCCAAACGUGGAAGAGGAGCCGUGGGAUGACUUUGAGGACACUGAGCCUACCUCAGAUCUCUCCCCUACUGCUCCUCUAUCAGACCCAGUUAUACUAACACCACCCAGAGGGGGCGCUACUACACCUGUCAAACAUGCUCCUGAAGCACUGAGACUGGGUUCCUCCAAACCACUCAAGUUGACCUCAACACUGCGACAAUCUCCACAGAGCAAGACGACUCCUUCGUGGGACGACGGCUGGGCUCAGGAGGAGAGAGACUCACACAGCCCGUUAAACCCCAAACCCAAACCUACAGUGCCACUAAAGAACGGUGGGAGAGGAGGUCUGGGGGAGGAGUUCACCAUAAAGGUGAAGAAAAAGGAGGAGCCGGACCCAGAGCUGGAUUUGUUUGCAGACAUGGUGCCGGACAUCAAACUGUCGACUCCCGCUCUGCUGCUGGACGAGAGCAGCGUGAGUGAUGCUGGACUCUCUACGGCCUCUUCAGAAAACACUUCAUCUCUGCAGGUCGACCCGUCCAUCGAUACUGUAACACUCACUGCCAAGUUCGCAGUCGCCAACAUGACUGAGGCUGAAACAGAUGGCUGGGGAGAUGGAGAUGACCUGAACUGGGAGGAUGAGAAUGCCUGGUGAUGGAGUUGGAUCUGUCUGUUUCACCUGGAGCAAAAGAUAAAAGACUUGACCACAGCAAAACUCAAAUCCUCCAGAUGCACCUUUCAGAGACAGACCGUGAACUGAAAGUUUCUCCAGUAAAUCUCAUUUAACAGCAUGAUGCAGUAAGAAUAAUGAUGAGCGGAGACUUUUUAUAACCUGUUCUGUUGGUUCCUGGACAUUCAUUAUCAGUCUGAUCAGUGUGAUAACCUGCUUUUGAACUGGAAGGAUUGGAAACUUGUCUGAUGGUGCUGGACUGAGACAAAUGAAGCCAUUUUUAGUUGUUUGCCAACUGAUACUAGUCACCUCGAGAUGAGUUAGGAUCUUAAUCAGAGGUGAAUGUCAUUUUGUUUUUAUCAGCUUCUCGAUUUUUUUAAUUUUUUUUUUUUUUUUUAAACGUGCCAACUUUACUGGCAUGAAAAUCAAAGUAUACUUUUUGGCAAGACAUAACUUGUCCAAAAUGUGUCAGGUUUGAUUUACAGAAGGCUUGCACUUUGAAUGAAUGUGAAAUAGAAAUUACGUAAUUUAUUAGCUUUUUGGUUGCUGGUGAAGUAAAGAUUUACUGUAUCAACUAUGA